ACAAAAGCCAGGUUACAUAAUGUAAAUAUGGGGCCUGUGGUGUUCCUUUCACAGGCUUAGACAACCUGCAAGUCAACCGGUGCACAUGGCUUUCUCCUUGAUCAAAUUGUAAACAGUGCUACCAAACGCAAUGUACCAGAUGCAGAGAAAUGUACUAUUCACUGUAUGUUCUACUGAGUAGUUCCUCUUGACAGUAAGCUGUUACACAUGGCUUGUUUUCUUGAAGCUGAUGUGUUGAGUAACUGUGAGAGGCAGUUUUCAUCUUUGCUUUCUCCAUCCGUUUUUCUCUUUGUACUGUUAGUGUGUGGGUGGAGUGGACAAGGUUGCUUCAGGAAAAAAGUGUGAUUUUCAAUGAAUGCUCAUAGAGGACAGUGGUGACGAAGGUACAGAGAGAAGAACUGUGAAGAACGCUAACAGUCAGGAUUAUUCUCUGCCACUGCAAUCAACAGCCUAUUGAAGAUGCCUCUGGGGAAGGAAUUCAGGAAGAAAGCAGAGGACAUCACAUCAGUAUAUGAUCUGAGAGAGAAGCUAGGAGAGGGAUCAUUCUCUGAGGUGCGUGUGGCUCAGCACCGCCGCACCCUGAAACUUGUAGCAGUCAAGUGUAUCCACAAGAGGGCGCUAAAGGGCAAAGAAGCCAUGUUGGAGAAUGAGAUAGCCGUGCUACGCAGAAUCAACCAUCCCAACAUUGUGGCAUUGGAGGAGACCUUCGAGACAUCUACAAAGCUUUAUCUGGUUAUGACUCUUGUUACAGGAGGCGAGUUGCUGGACCGUAUUCUGGAGAAGGGGAGUUACACUGAGAGGGAUGCCAGCCGUGUCAUACAACAGCUUCUGGAGGCAGUCCAAUACCUCCACCAGCUGGGCAUCGUGCACAGGGACCUGAAGCCUGAGAACCUACUGUAUCAGACUCCGUCGGAAGAUUCCAAGAUUGUCAUCAGUGACUUUGGCCUGUCCAAGAUGGAGGAGCAGGGGAUGCUCACCACAGCAUGUGGAACCCCUGCGUACGUGGCACCAGAGCUUCUGCAGCAGAAAUCAUAUGGCAAAGAAGUGGACCUAUGGGCUCUGGGGGUGAUCACCUAUAUACUACUCUGUGGCUACCCUCCGUUUUAUGACGAGAGUGAGUCACAUAUGUACAGGCAGAUCAUGAAGGCUGAAUAUGAGUUUGACUCCCCGUAUUGGGAUGAAGUCUCUAAUUCAGCAAAAGAUUUCAUUCCGCACAUGUUGCAGAAAGAACCAGAGGAGAGGUACAAUUGUGAGCAGGCCUUGAAGCAUCUUUGGAUAUCAGGAGGAGCCGCUCUGGAGAAGAACAUUCAUGGAUCAGUCAGUAAGCAGAUCCAGAAGAACUUUGCUAAGAGCCAGUGGAAGAGGGCGUUCAAUGCCACAAUGGUGGUGCGGCACCUCAGUAAGAAGAAUCUAGUAGUAGAGGAGGAGUCUAAGGAUAAGGCAGAGACCAAGGCUACACUGUAAGGUUGUGACCUUUAAUCCAUGGGUAGAAGAUUUGCCCAGAAGAAUCCUGUGACAGACCAGUCAGAGUGGUCAUUUCGGCUCUCAGGCGUCUCUAUAUGUGAUAAAAAGCCAAUACAGUGUGAAACUUUCUUUCUGCCAGCAGAGAGCACUCUUAAUCAAGCUUAAGUUCUAUUUUUUGUUGUCUGUCAUCUAAACAUUGCUCAGACUCUGGUUGGGCCCCAUACACUUCAGCAAUAAGACUCAUUUGACUCAUCAAGUGUAAUUUUGUUGAUACAUCCAUAUAGGCUUAGUAUCUGUUGACCAUGCAUGGAUGUAAACAUGUUUUCUUGAACGUUAUUAAGUCUCUAUAGACCCUUGAAGAAUACAACAAUAAAAAUGUUAGAAAACAAUA